AUGAACAGCAAUGCGACCUUUUCGGAGAUCUUCAGUGCCUGCGUGGGCGCCAUCGAGCGCUGUAUGAAUAUCUACUACGCGGACCAUAAGAAUCAGUCCCAUCUGAAGGUGGUCAUGAUCCCGCAUCGAGAGGAUGUGAUUCAAGUGCCGGUCUUGCCGGAGGUGCAGUACGCCCUGGGGGACGACCAGAACAUCUGCUUUCGCUCCAAUCCAUGCCGAUUCUCGGUGAAUGGCGUGCACUUCGGCGUAUGCAAUGAGGACACGGUGGGGAUCAUGCGCAAUGUAAUGGUGGAGCGGUGGCCGACCCCAGAGGGCAGCCUUCGGCGUGUUGUGGAAACAUGGAUUCAGAGCCGCUGGUAUACUCCCAUCGUGGAGCUGCCAGCCACCCAUCUGGAUAUGAAGUAUUUAAAUCAUAUGCGCUUCGACUAUCUUCCGGAAGAAGCCAUCUUGGACUCUGAGGAUCUAUUGGACAAACCGAAUGAGGAGGCCAAGGCGACCGCACCGGCGACGGAUCAUUCGCCGCGCGGUCCCAACUCCGUCAAUUGGGAUCUGCUCCUUUCGCUUGGCACCGACGAUAGCGAUUCCGCCGUGCGAUCUGCUCCCGGCGAGAUGCCGACGAUGAAGCGGGUGAGGCCCGAGGAGGGCGCCUUGGGAAGGGCCGCGGCCUCGCUGAAAGGGGGGGGGGUGGAGUACAUCCCUCACGUGAUCUUCGCCCCGUCCACACGGCCCCAGUUUGCCGUCGUGACACACCAGGGGGUGCGCGAUUUGUCCCGCCCCGGCAUCCCGGACGAGGGCCCGCUGGACGACCCAGCGAGCGCCACCGGGGUGUUGGUGGUGAACCCCUGCGUGUGGUCACGACGGAGGCCCCAGCCGUACGCCCUGCGCGUGGCUGAGGUGACGAUCCCGGACAGCGCGCUCGCGGCGGUGCGAGGGGCCUCGGUCGCGACCGGGGUGUCCUGUGGGAUCCUCAGCAUCUACAACACCAAGGAGUCGUAA